AUGGCUCUUCUUCCGGCGGAGAUUAUUGAGUCCAGGACACGACAUACUGCUUCUCUCAUUUUUCUUCAUGGAUUGGGGGAUAAUGGGUAUGUUUUCGGGCUUAAUCCAUCUAAUUGGCUUCCAUCUAGUUCUGGAUGGGCUGAUACGCUCCGUAAUGUCGUUCCUCCCUAUUGCAAGAUUGUCUGUCCUAAUGCAAGAGAUAUGCCCGUUACCCUGAACAUGGGUAUGGUGAUGCCUGCUUGGUAUGAUCUUUAUAACCUUGGUAUCGGGGCUAAGGAGGAUGAAUCUGGUAUCCUCGAAGCUACCAAAGAGGUCGCGAAGUGGGUAGCCGCUGAGAAGACUGCUGGAAUUUCCGCGGAUCGAAUCGUGGUUGGUGGCUUCUCUCAAGGUGGGAGUAUCGCGUUUUACUACGGCAUGACCAAUGUGGAGCAAAAACUUGGUGGUCUUGUUGCUCUCAGUUGUUGGCUCCCCCUCCACGAAAAAUUUGUCUCCAAUAGCUCCGUUGCGACGGCGAACCGAUCCAUGCCCAUUCUUCAAUGCCAUGGUAAAGUAGAUCCCAUUGUUCCUUACGAACUGGGCACGCUGACCAACUCCAUAUUACGCAAGCUCGGUUUCGCAAACUGCUCAUUCUCAUCGUAUCAGGGCAUGGGUCACUGUUCCUGCAGCAAUGUAGGUUGCUUGUUUACUGAAUUUAUGCCUUCAUGGAAUUGGCUGUGGGAAAUUGCUGAUGUGAAGACAUUUUUGAGCACAUGCCUCCCCCCAGCUAAUGGAUAG